CGGAGGAGAAGCUCGGCCAAACACUUACAUAUGUACCUCUACAAAUCAGCAGGAUGGGCACAGUAUUAAGUUUUAAUCCAAGAGAACGUCAUCCAUUUUAUUCAUCGCAAUCUAGCAUUCAAUAUAAUCAGCAGUCUGACAUUCGAAAUGAAUACAUACUUGAAGGCCCAUGCUUAAUGGACUCACAUUUAAAUAAUUUUUGUUAUGAGCAGUUGAAUAACGCAAAAAAUCAAGAAUCUAAACAAAGCAUUCGUGCUCCACUUGCCAAAAAUGGGUGUGGAAGAAUAAAUUUGGGCAACCAAAGUCACAUGACUAGUUAUAGUUUCAAUAAAUUGAAAGACACUAAGGAUGCAAUUAAUAAUGACCUAGAUUCACAUAAUGAAAAUGCUGCUCUUUUUACAGGAAAAAAUACUAUAGAAAAAAGUAUGAAAAAGCAUUCAAUUUUUAUUAGUGCAUUAUCUUGGAAAAAACUGGCUGCAUCUCACAAUAAAAAGAAAAUUGAAAAUAAAACCAAAUGCGGGAAUAUACCUCCAGGCUGUUUUAAAACUCAUUCCUUAGAUCCAGCCAGCACAUCGUAUACGGAUAAAAAUAAAAACGUCCGUUUGAAUUUUAACCAUAUUAACGACAGCCAACUUAUAACUUCGAAUCAAGACGACUCUCAUUCAUGUAAUACUCUCUUUUCAAACUCAAGAAAUAAAAGACAAAUAACAUCACAGGACCUUGUUAGAAUAAAUACCACUAAUUUUAAUAAACACAACAAAUUGAUUCAAAAAGAGCCGCUGGCUUUAUCGUUACCGCCGCAAUCAAACACAGUUCAAAACAAGAACAUUCCGAGGAAAACGGUAAUUCAGGCGUCAACUUCAGAGCUAUUGAAGUGCUUAGGACUAUUUCUACACUACCGAUGUAAAAAAUUGAAAACCUUCGAAGCAGGUGAUGCUGUUAUGUGGUUAAGAGCUGUUGACAGGAGCCUUUUACUUCAAGGCUGGCAAGACGUAGCAUUUAUAAAUCCAGCAAAUGUCGUUUUUGUGUACAUGUUAAUACGGGAACUGGUAGAUGGCGAAGAAACCAAAGAAUCGGAACUACAGGCAUCUGUACUUACGUGUUUAUAUUUAUCAUAUUCUUACAUGGGCAAUGAAAUAAGCUACCCACUUAAACCAUUCCUCGUUGAAGACUCAAAGGAAAAGUUUUGGGAGAGGUAAGUUGCAUAAGUUGAU